AUGGGAUUAGAUAAAAGUUGGAUACAAAUUAUUGAUAGGACGCAACCUUCAUAUGAACAAGGAGUUCUUGAGUUUCUUGAAUUCGCAUUUAAUGGUUUUGAUGAAGGGGAACUACUUCGUUGUCCAUGCAAAAAAUGCAAUAAUAAUCUUUAUCGGUCUCGUAAAGUCAUUUACGAGCACUUGAUCAUGUUUGGGAUAAAAAAGGACUAUGUCAUAUGGGAUCUUCAUGGAGAAAUAGUGAGUGAAUCUGAAGACGAUGAAGAAAAUGAUGAUGAGCAAAAUUGCAAUGAUGGGCUUCGAGAGAUGUUACAUGAUAUUGGAAGUACUUUCAACAUUCAUAAUAUCCCAAAUGUCGAUGGACAACCAAGCGAGGAUAAAAGUUAUGAGACUAGCACAAAUAACGAAAUGAAUGAGGAAGCUUAUAAGUUUUAUAGACUCUUGCAUGAUGCCGAACAAGAACUAUAUCCUGAGUGUGAGCAUUUUUCUAAAUUAUCAUUUAUUGUUCAACUAUUAAAUAUCAAAUGUCUCUUUGGCUUGAGUGCAAAAUCAAUUGAUGCUUUACUUUCUUUACUGACGAAAGCAUUUCCUAAAGGAAAUAAAGUUCCUAUGUCCUAUUUUGAAGCUCGAAAAGUUAUCCGUGAGCUUGGGCUAGAUUAUGAAAAAAUAGAUGCUUGCUUGAAUGAUUGCAUUCUCUAUCGAGGUGAGCAUUUACAAUCUAAGUGUUGUCCAAGUUGUGGGGUUUCUCCAUAUAAAGAUCCAAAUAAGAAAUUGCCCCAAAAAGUUCUACGUUAUUUUCCUUUAGCACCAAGGUUACAAAGGUUAUACAUGUCCUCAAAUAGUGCUACAGAAAUGAGGUGGCAUAAGGAUAGACCAAUUGAAGAUGGGCAAAUGAGACAUCCAGCUGAUUCCAUUGCUUGGAAAAGUUUUGACUCUCAAAUCCUUCUUUUGCAGCAGAUCCACGUAAUGUUAGACUUGGACUGGCUAGUGAUGGUUUCAAUCCAUAUGGAAAUAUGA